AUGCGGUUGCCCAACGAUGCUGAAUCCUAUGAAUUCCGGGAGAAGUCUUCAUACCGCAGUCCAGAAGAGUUCGCUUUAGCAUUCGAGAAAUAUGACAGAUUGGAAAGAUGCAAGCGAAGCCUCGUCAAGAUUUUGGCCUAUGGUUUUGUGGCUGUCCGAGGUUUAAUAAGUCCGUUGAGAAGCGUUGUCAGGCUGUCCUACAAAACUGAGGGAUUUCGAACUUUACUCACCGUUAAAAGCGCGUUUAGUGAUCGUAGACCGAUGGAUGAUACCCAGGAGGCGGUGGAACAAGCGGUUGAACCUGCAGCCAACAACUUUCCAGUAGAUACCUUUAUCUACAAGGUCGAGAGCCAGCAGCCAGAGUUCGUGAAGAAACAUGGCAAAUACGCUGACGGAUGUAACGUUUUGAUUGCCAUCCUGGACACUGGAGUGGACCCAUCACUGCCAUGUUUGGAGAGAACCAGUUUGGGAGCUCGUAAAAUUGUUGAUUGUAUCGACUGUAGUGGUGCAGGGGAUGUGGACACAAGCCUAGUAAAGUCGGCACAAAAUGGCGUAGUAACAGGAUUGACUGGGCGCAAGUUGAAGAUUCCUGAAGAUUGGGUGAAUCCUACGGGUAAAUGGCACCUUGGAAUUAAACCUAUUUACGAGUUGUAUCCCAAAACGUUGCGCAAAACAGUGAAGGAAGACUGGCAGAAAGAAGCUUGGGAUUCGGCUCAUCAAUUGGCGAAAGCGGACGCUCUUCGUCAGCUUUUAGGACAUGAGGAAUCUGUGGGAGGAUUUAGCGACAAUGUGAAGGAUAAGCACGAUCGCGAGAACCUAGCAUGUCAGGUGGAUUUUUUAAAAUCCAUGGACAAACUGGAAGAUAAGGGACCUGUUGCGGAUUGUAUAGUCUGGCAUGAUGGACACAACUGGAUGGCUUGCAUAGAUACAUCAUUCCGUGGACGCCUUGCUCUUUGUCAUCCCAUGGGAGAAUUUCGGCAGACAGGUCAUUUUGCCAAGCUUUCAACCAGAGAUGAGGCCUGCUACACCUUUCGGAUUGAAAAUGCGGGAAAUCGCCUUGAAAUCUGUGUUCCGAGUGGAGCCCAUGGAACACAUGUAGCAUGUAUAGCUGCUGCCUAUUCUCCAUAUGAAGCUGGAGCAUCAGGGCUUGCGCCAGGAGCUCAGAUAGUUUCUAUGAUGAUUGGCGAUAAUCGCAUCGAUUCCAUGGAGACGGGAACUGCUCUCAUACGUGCACUCAACCUUUGCGUCGAAAUGAAAGUGGAUAUCAUCAAUAUGUCAUUUGGUGAAGGAUCACACUUUCCUGCUUCCGGGCGUAUAAUAGAAGAAAUACAAAGGGUUGUAUACCAACAUAACAUCGUCUUCGUUGCAUCUGCUGGAAACAGCGGACCUGCUCUCAGUACUGUUGGUUCGCCUGGAGGAACAACGCCGGGAGUGCUCGGUAUUGGUGCACGUAUCUGCCCUAAGCAAGCCGAGACCCUCUAUGGGGUGUUCAAUGAAGUGAAGAAUGUUUUAUAUCCAUGGAGUGCUCGUGGUCCUUGCGUCGAUGGAUCUCUUGGUGUAUCGAUGUGUGCUCCGGGAGCUGCAUUCGCCGGUGUUCCUCGUUUUUGUCGUAAGGCGAAGCAAAUGAUGAACGGUACAAGCAUGAGCUCACCAAAUGCUGCGGGAGCGAUUGCCUGUAUGCUUUCGAAAUUGCGAGCGGAUGGGAGCCAGUGGAAUCCGUUCCGAAUUCGUCUUUCGCUGGAGAACACCGCUAGGCAAAUUACGGACGAAUCAUCAUUGCCUUUUGGGACUGGAUGCGGAUUGAUUCAGAUCUACGAUGCAUUGAACUUGUACGAGAAUAACGCGAUGGACUUCCCCCUACAUACUAUUGUGGACAUCAAAAUCCGCGUUACAAAUCUCAACAAGAGCAAGAGAGGUGUAUACAUCAGGGAACUGAAAGAGUCGAAAGAAGUCCAAGAGUACGCAGUCACUGUUGAACCGAAGUUCAAGGAAUUCAGCGAUAAUGCAUGUCAAGCCGACUUCUCCAUGAACAUUGUUCUCCAAUCAGACGUUGAUUAUGUACAACAUCCUAGCCUCUUCAUGCUGACAUCUGAGGGCAGAAGUUUCACUUUGAAGGUCGAUCCAACUCAACUUGCUCGUGGGGGUGUUUACUUUACUGAACUGCGCGGAAUGUACGCGGACAAUUUUGCAAUGGGACCUGUGUUCCGUGUUCCUAUCACUAUUAUAACACCCGAGACCGUCGAUGAGGUUGACUUCUGUGUUGAUCGCACUUUCAAAAAUGUUGGUACUAUUCCUAUCCGUCAGUUCAUCCACGUGCCUCCAGAAGCGACCAUAUGCCAAAUUUUCGUGCAAGACCUAGCUCGUAAACCAUUCGAUAGGUUCACACUGCACUGUGUGCAGCUUGAAGAUGAUAAAUGCUACAGGAACAGUGAAUCAUACAAAAUACUGGGUACUGAUUCGCACGAGUGGACUAAGACAUUCUCAGUCGUAGGCGAUCGAACGCUUGAAGUUUGCCUUGUGCGCAGUUGGACUCGUUCUGAUGUCGAAGGCAGUGUGCGAGUCCUCACGAAGUUCUUUGGUGUGCAGAGACCCCAAGUUAUGAACUUGGUACACGGCUCCCCCUACGCCCCAAUUCGCGUGCGAGCAGCUCCAUUCCGUCCUGUUGAAAUCAAACCAACAAUAUCUUUCAAUACGCUCCACAUUCCGGUGAAGCCGACAUCGGCAAAGAUAGAACCUCUUGGUCCCAGGGAUUUGAUGCCGAAUGGAAAACAAAUCCAUCGACUUUUACUCGUUUAUAAAUUCACUACUCAGAAGUCCUGUGAGAUUCGACUGGAUCUUCCUGGCGUAACAUCCUAUCUAUAUGAAUCACCUUAUGACUGUAUACUUAUGCAACUUUUCUCAUCUUCGAAGGAGUUUAUUGGAGCUUCAAGCAGCUAUCCCGAGAGAUACACAUACAAAGUGGAGAAAGGAGAGUAUACCGCACAUGUGCAAGUUCGUCAUCCUGAAACUAGUCAGCUAGAGUUGUUAAUGGAUUCGCCUCUACACGUACGGGUUCACAUUUCACCGGCUAUCAACUUAGAUAUCACAUCCGCACCUAACGGCGGAGAUGAUGCAUUUAAAUGGUCCAAUAAAGCCCUAGCUCCUUCGCAACAGGCUACGUUUUACGCGGGAAGUAUCCCUGACGACAAAGUGCCAAAACUUAUCCCUGUUGUUGGAGGUUCAUUUCUUACUGGUAGUCUCGUUGUGAUGAGCGAUACUGAACUGAAGCAGGCAGAUAAAUCGGGUGUCUGUUAUUUCUUUACCGAGUAUAGUACGAGGCCAAGCAAAGCACUUUCAAUGGUAACGCUACGAGAAAAGAAGGCUGAUACUAGUGGACAAGAAGAGAAAGAUAUGAAUGAUGCAAUCCGUGAUGCGCAAAUCUCCUGGCUCGUCAAACUCAAGGAUCCAAUCGCCGUUGAUAAAUUGUACUCCGAGCUUAUUGCAAAAUAUCCUACCCAUCUACCGCUGCUCCUCACAAAGAUGAAACUUCUCAUGGACAAGAAGCGUUCUACAACAGAGACCGAAACGAUGCGCUUGAUUAUCCAACAAAUUCUUGAGCAGUGUCGAGUUGACGAAGUACUGAAGUACUUAGGAGCCAGACAAGAUCAUAAUUUAGAUCAAAUUUCUCUCAAAAAGAAUAUGGACGAGCGUAAAGCGGCUAUAAUUGACUGCCUGUUGGCUCGCGCACACAUGGUUGUUGAUUUAUAUCUCAAAAUGACUGAUGAUUUAGCGGACGUUUUCCACAAACCUCUGGCGCCAGUAUUUGGUCUCAGUUCAUCUAAGGAAGAGGAAAAAACUGCGAAGGCUGAUAAGUCAGAGAAAGCAGUGAAGAGCGAGAAAUUGGAGCCGCUGUCGGAUGAUUCAGACGGGGAUGCCGUUAAACUUCCUGAAGAAAAGGAAGAAGUAAAACCUACGCUGAAAGAAAUUGACGCUGCAUAUCACGAUCUCCUCAGCUGGAUAGCCGCUGAUGACCCCAAGGUCCUCCUCCUCUCCGCAAAGCACUCAAUUGCCCAUGCUCAUUACGGCAGAGCUUGCUCAUACUUACAGAAGUUGAUCGAGGAUAUGAGAUCCAGCAGUAAGGAUACAUCGAACCUUGAACUGGCCCUCAUUGAGGUCUGUGAAACUCUUGGCUGGUACCAUAUCGUAACUCGUCUGAAGAACGAUCGUCUAGUGCGCAAUCGUCAGACUUACCGCCCAUUCUAAGCUUAACCCCACGGUUCUAUUUAUUUCAUCAUUUAUUGGUUGUCAAAGCAUUACGUCUUGAGCAUGCUUCCUUUAGCUAUGUUUCCUGAGGGACGAUUGCUAGAAUAAGAGACUAGGUUUUAGCUACAGAUUUCUUAUAAUAACUACUUGGUAUGUACAGCCUCAUAUCAAUAAAUGCAGUGUUGAUUCUAGUUAAUGGUAUGUGAAUGUUUAGGAUUUUGACGUGUCAACUCAAGCUCUCGUCAUUAUUUGCCUUUCCAUCGUUGUCUGCAUUAACUAAAUUCUGUUUUAUCAAUGUAAAUUAUAUCAAAAUUAUUGCGUGGCGUGUGUUCUGUUUUUUGUGAGUGUUAGGGUUGUAUUAUUGAUGAGAUUCUGUAGAAUAAAUCUUACAGACAUGGAA